AAACUUCCACAUAUACUCAUUGCGAUCAUUGUACAAUCAUAAAAAAAGAUCUCGGUGAAACUCCUUUCUAUUUUCUUUGUUGGGUUACUUUCAAAAGUCAAAAGCCAAAUCCAUGGCUAGCUCAUUGGCCAUUUUUGGUGUGCUCAUGAUCAUGGCAUUGGGAAUGUUGAGUUAUGAGGCUGAGGCUCGUGCCUUUUUUGUCUUUGGAGACUCACUGGUCGACAAUGGCAACAACAACUACUUAGCCACCACCGCUCGUGCUGACUCUCCUCCUUACGGCAUUGACUAUCCCACCGGCCGACCCACCGGCCGUUUCUCCAAUGGCAUGAACAUUCCUGACUUCAUCAGCCAGCAACUUGGCGCAGAACCUACAUUGCCAUACUUGAGUCCAGAGCUCACAGGGCAAAAACUACUAGUUGGUGCAAACUUUGCCUCUGCUGGCAUUGGAAUUCUCAAUGACACUGGGAUUCAGUUUAUAAAUAUAAUCAGAAUGACAAGGCAAUUCGACUACUUCCAACAAUACCAGCAAAGGCUGUCUUCCCUAAUCGGACCUCAACGUACCAAACAGCUCGUAAAUCAAGCACUCGUCCUCCUCACCGUCGGCGGCAACGAUUUUGUCAACAACUACUACCUGGUGCCUUUCUCCGCAAGAUCUCGCCAGUUUGCUCUGCCAGACUAUGUCAAAUACCUCAUUUCUGAGCUCCGAAAACUUCUCUUGAAAAUGUAUGAUCUUGGAGUACGAAGGGUUUUGGUGACGGGGACAGGACCACUAGGCUGUGUGCCGGCCGAAUUGGCCAUGAGAAGCAGGAACGGAGAAUGCUCGGCGGAGCUGCAACGAGCGGCGUCUCUGUACAACCCCCAACUCGUUCAGUUGCUGAGAUCACUCAACAGCCAACUCGGUUCCGAUGUCUUCAUUGCUGCAAACACUCAGCAGACGCGCAAUGACUUCGUCAGCAACCCUCAAGCUUAUGGAUUUUCUACGUCAAAGAUUGCAUGCUGUGGACAAGGACCUUACAAUGGCUUGGGGCUGUGCACGGUGGCCUCAAAUUUGUGCCCGAACCGCAACCAAUACGCUUUCUGGGAUGCAUUUCAUCCAACUGAAAAGGCGAACAAACUGAUCGUUCAGAAUAUUUUGACAGGGGAUGAAAAGUACAUGUACCCCAUGAACCUCAGCACCAUCUUGGCUUUGGAUUCCAGGACCUAAGACAUAUGUUUAUCUGUCUUUCCAUUUGAAACUAUAUUUAUAUGUACUAGAUCAUGAUAUGUGUUAAAUGUGAGUACUAGCUGCCAUUGAUGUUUAUGUGUGUGCUGGGAUGUCUAGUGAUUAAAAACUGAUUGGAGCUUCCCAAUUGCUUUGUUCUUGUAAUGGUUGAUGGGAAAGAUUUUUCCCAAGUUGACAAUGUCAAACUUUCCAAGUUAUGUGCAAUCAUCUCUAAUUUC